AUGAGCUCAAUAGUGUUUGUGGUAUCGGCCCUCGAAGCUAUUGCGGCUUCGAAGGAGGCACACAAGAAACACCAGCUGAACGACUCGGUCCAAAAAGCGCUGAAAGGCAUCAAGGAACAUGAACCCCAAUUACCAGACCCCGAGGUCAUUUUCGAGCCACUGCAACUGGCGACAAAAUCCGGGAGCAUUCCCCUGACCACGACUGCCUUGGACUGCAUCGGAAAGCUUAUCAGUUAUUCCUACUUCUCAGUCCCAUCAUCGCCGAAUGCAGACAAGGAGGCUUCUCGAGAGCCCCUGAUCGAACGAGCGAUCGAUACAAUAUGCAACUGCUUCCAGGGGGAGACUACACCGGUGGAAAUCCAAUUGCAGAUUGUCAAGUCCUUACUUGCAGCUGUCCUGAACGACAAAAUUGUGGUACAUGGUGCUGGACUGCUGAAAGCUGUCCGGCAAGUCUACAAUGUAUUCCUACUCUCGAAAAGCAGUGCGAACCAGCAGGUGGCGCAGGGGACAUUGACGCAGAUGGUGGGGACAGUCUUCGAGAGAGUCAAGACCCGGAUACACAUGAAAGAGGCACGGCUGAACCUGUCGAGGUUAGGGAAGGGUGCUGCAAACGCGAGCUCAUUUACAGUCGAUGCCACCGAAUCCAUCAACGAAGCCUCGGGCAAUAUGGACGAAUCUGUAGAGGAAAGCGCUGCAUCCGAAGCUCCUUCCAGCGAGGACGGGCCUAAACUCACUCUCAAGGACCUCGAACACCGAAAGAGCUUCGACGACUCGCAGAUGGGAGAAGGGCCUACGAUGGUCACACAAGUGAAGCCUGUGGUGCCAUCGCCACGAUCGAACUCGGGACAGACACCCCCUGAAAGCACCACAGAUGAGGGUAUGGACAGUGACGAGAGCGAGGACGAGGUCUACAUACGAGAUGCAUACUUGGUUUUCCGAUCAUUCUGCAAUCUCAGCACGAAAGUUCUGCCUCCCGACCAACUGUACGAUUUAAAGGGGCAGGCGAUGCGCUCGAAAUUGAUUUCACUUCACCUCAUUCACACCUUACUCAAUAAUAAUAUGCUCGUCUUCAUUUCUCCAUUAUGUACGAUCACCAACAGCAAAAGCAACGAGCCGACAGGAUUUCUACAGGCCAUCAAAUUCUACCUAUGUCUCAGCAUCACACGAAAUGGAGCUAGUUCAGUGGAUAGGGUAUUUGAGGUGUGCUGCGAGAUAUUCUGGCUUAUGCUCAAGUUCAUGAGAGCUCCAUUUAAGAAAGAGAUAGAAGUGUUCUUAAAUGAGAUUUAUCUCGCCCUUUUGGAACGAAGAAAUGCGCCUGUGGCACAGAAGCUAUAUUUCAUGGGAAUCCUACAGCGAUUCUGUGCAGACCCACGAGCUUUAGUUGAAACAUACCUCAACUACGACUGUGACAGGAAUUCUGUCGACAACAUGUUCCAGACUUUAAUUGAAGAUCUUUCAAGAGCAGCCAGCUCUCCCGUAUUGAUCACCCCUUUUCAUCAGCAACAAUACGAAGAGAAAGCUGCAAAAUCCGGGUCAAACGGAUCAGAAUGGCAAUCCCGUGGAACUCUUCCUCCGCCACUUUCUACCGUGCAUAUGAACGAUCGCCACACGACUAUGGAUGAUGAGGUUCCGAAAGAGUACAUCAUCAAAAGGCAAGCACUGGACGCUCUGGUUGAGACUUUGAGAUCUUUGGUCAACUGGUCUCAACAAGGCAUCGCUGAAGUUUCUGGCAACCUAGAAACGGAUACCAGGGCUUCUGAGGAUUUUCGCGAGUCGAUUGAUCCCUCAGCAAACGACAGUUCUUCAAAGAUCACCAAUGGUGAUACCCCAACUCACCCUUCGACCCCGCUAUUGGAUGACGACCCCGAGCAACUAGAAAAGGAGAAGCAGAGAAAAACUGCCCUGAGCAAUGCCAUCAAACAGUUCAAUUUCAAGCCCAAACGGGGUAUCAAACUUUUACUCGAAGAAGGCUUCAUCUCACAUUCUACCCCCGAAGAAAUCGCUCUCUUCUUACUCAGAGAAGAGAAACUAGAUAAAGCCCAGAUUGGAGAAUUCUUGGGCGAAGGCGACGAGUGGAACAUUUCGAUUAUGCAUGCAUUCGUGGACGCCAUGGACUUCACAAAACGGCGUUUCGUUGAUGCCUUGAGGCAAUUCCUGCAAUCUUUCAGGCUUCCCGGCGAGGCCCAGAAGAUUGAUCGCUUCAUGCUGAAGUUCGCCAAUCGAUAUGUAAUGCAGAAUCCCAACGCUUUUGCUAACGCAGACACUGCUUAUGUUCUGUCCUACUCGGUGGUGAUGUUGAACACCGAUCAGCACAGCAGCAAAGUCGUGAAGCGAAUGACGAAGGAGGACUUCAUCAAAAAUAAUCGAGGCAUCAACGACAACGCAGAUCUUCCGGACGAAUAUCUCAUUGGCAUAUAUGAUGAGAUUCGGAAAGAGGAGAUUGUGCUCAAGAGUGAGCGAGAGGCUGCUGCGGCUAAUGGCGUUCCUCAGUCCACGGGCGGCAUUGCGUCUGGUUUGGGUCAGGCGUUGGCAACUGUUGGUCGUGAUCUCCAGCGUGAAGCAUAUUUGCAGCAAUCCGAACAGAUCUCCCAUAGAUCAGAGCAAUUGUUCAAGAACCUCUUUCGAAAUCAGCGCAAGAAUUCCUCCAAGGCUGGAGCAAUCAAAUUCAUCCCAGCUACAUCGUUCAAGCACGUCGGGCCAAUGUUUGACGUGACUUGGAUGUCUUUCUUUUCAGGUCUCUCUGGUCAAAUGCAGAACGCUCACAACAUUGAGAUCAUCAAACUAUGUAUGGAGGGGAUGAAACUGGCAGUUCGUAUUGCAUGCCUUUUCGAUUUGGAAACGCCACGAGAAGCUUUUGUUUCCGCUCUGAAGAAUGCUACCAACCUCAACAACCCAACUGAGAUGCAAGCAAAGAACGUUGAAGCCUUGAAGGUGUUGAUCGAUAUUGGGCAGACAGAAGGAAAUCUCUUGAAGUCCUCAUGGAGAGAUAUCUUAAUGUGUAUCAGUCAGCUUGACCGACUGCAACUGAUAUCAGAUGGAGUGGACGAAAGCUCGAUACCAGAUGUUUCAAAAGCUCGAAUCGUUGCCCCCUCAAGACCGGACACUGCAUCUUCGAGAAAGUCGUCGCAGUCACAAAGACCGUCGCGGCCAAGGCCUCGAUCCACCACCUCAAGCACAAGCUACUCGAUGGAGAUUGCCAUGGAAAGCCGGUCAGACGAAGUAAUAAAAGGUGUGGACCGGAUAUUUACUAACACUGCGAAUCUCUCUGGAGAGGCAAUCGUGUAUUUCGUGCGGGCGCUUACAGAAGUGAGCUGGGAGGAAAUCAAGAUCUCAGGCCAAAACGAAUCGCCGAGAACAUACAGUCUUCAAAAGCUGGUCGAGAUCAGUUAUUACAACAUGACUCGAGUCAGAUUCGAAUGGACAAAUAUCUGGGUGGUCUUGGGCGAGCACUUCAAUCGCGUGGGCUGCUAUAAUAAUACCGCAGUUGUCUUCUUCGCCUUGGACUCUUUACGGCAGUUGUCGAUGCGAUUUAUGGAGAUCGAGGAGUUGCCAGGUUUCAAGUUCCAAAAAGAUUUCCUCAAGCCAUUCGAGCAUGUCAUGUCUAACUCUACGGUGGUGACUGUCAAGGAUAUGGUUCUUCGAUGUCUGAUCCAGAUGAUUCAAGCCCGAGGAGAGAACAUUCGAUCCGGCUGGAGAACGAUGUUUGGUGUUUUCACCGUGGCUGCCCGAGAACCAUACGAGAGUAUCGUCAAUCUCGCGUUUGAGAACGUCAACCAGGUUUACAAGACCCGGUUUGGUGUGGUCAUCUCUCAAGGUGCCUUUGCAGAUCUCAUCGUAUGCUUGACGGAGUUUUCCAAGAACAUGAAGUUCCAAAAGAAAGGGUUGCAGGCAAUGGAGACUCUGAAGUCGAUAAUUCCCAAGAUGCUCAAGACACCAGAAUGUCCUCUAUCGAACCGAUCGAAUGUCAACUCUGAUGGCUCGGCUAAAUCUGCUGACGGCGCCUUGAAGCAAAUCAGUCGAACAAGCCAAGAGGAAGCUUUCUGGUUCCCAGUUCUGUUUGCAUUCCAUGACGUCUUGAUGACUGGAGAAGACCUUGAAGUCAGAUCGAAUGCGCUAAACUACCUCUUCGAUUCUCUCAUACGGUAUGGUGGAGACUUCCCGCCUGACUUCUGGGAUAUUCUUUGGAGACAGCUUUUGUACCCUAUCUUCAUGGUGCUCAAGUCGAAGUCUGAACUGUCGAAUGCUCUCACCCAUGAAGAGCUUUCCGUCUGGCUAUCAACAACCAUGAUCCAAGCUCUCCGGAAUAUGAUCACACUCUUCACCCAUUAUUUCGAAUCGCUUGAAUACAUGCUCGAUAGAUUUUUGGAUCUGCUCGCCUUAUGCAUAUGCCAAGAGAAUGAUACAAUCGCAAGAAUCGGUAGCAAUUGUCUGCAACAACUCAUCUUGCAGAACGUCACCAAGUUCACACCAGAACAUUGGUCGAAGAUUGUCGGAGCCUUCGUAUCGUUAUUCGAAAGAACAACAGCUUAUCAACUUUUCUCUGCUGCGACCUCAUCCUCGGGAGCCGACGGGCCUACGAACGGUGCUUCGCCAUUAGAAGAACUAGGAGACGACAAAUCUCUCAAGAUAAACGGCACCAAUGGCGCCUCCACAUCCGACAUCGAAAGUGUAAACGACGACGAAGCCAAGACGCCCACGACCGCCGCCACGGAUCUCGAAGAUUACAAGCCGCAAUCAGGCCUGCAACAACAACCCGUUGUUGUCACAGCAGCCAGACGCCGCUUCUUCAACCAAAUCAUCACCAAAUGCGUCCUGCAACUCCUAAUGAUCGAAACCGUCAACGAGCUCUUCUCUAACGACGCAGUCUACGCACAGAUUCCUUCCCCCGAGCUACUGCGCCUUAUGGCCCUCCUGAAGAAAUCCUUCCUCUUCGCGAAGAAGUUCAACGAAAACAAGGAGCUACGAAUGAGAUUAUGGCGCGAAGGCUUCAUGAAACAACCUCCCAACCUUCUGAAGCAAGAGAGCGGGUCUGCCGCAACGUACGUGAGCAUCCUGCUACGCAUGUACCACGACACCUCCGACGAGCGGUUGCGGAACCGCUCAGACACGGAAGCUGCACUCGUCCCCUUGUGCGCGGACAUUAUUCGCGGCUUCGUGGAGUUGGAAGAAGAAUCACAACAACGAAACAUUAUCGCAUGGAGGCCGGUUGUUGUCGAUGUGUUGGAGGGCUAUACGAAUUUCCCGCAGGAAGGGUUCGAGAAGUAUGUCGAGGUUUUCUAUCCGCUUGGUGUGGAGCUUUUGAAUAGGGAUCUGGGAGGCGAGGUCAGAGUUGCACUUCAAGGGUUACUAAGGAGAGUGGGAGAGGUGAAGUUGGGGCUGACCGGGUUGAGUUUGGGGGUAGGGAUGAGGGCGGAGACACCGGUUAGUCCUGGUGCGGCUUCGUUCGCGAGUCGUAGGGGGAGUAGAAGGGAUUGA